CAGCAUGAGCAAAUGCUGAAGAACUCCGUUGAGUCGGAGGAGGGCAGCGGAGCCGGGGCCGGGGUGGCAUAUGCCGCUAGAGCCGGUAACGGAGGGGGCAAGGGCAAGGGGAGAAAGGCUUCGAUGGCUUGCCACAAGUGUGGUGAGUUGGGGCACUUCGAGCGGGAGUGCAAGAAGGGGGCUCAAGGGCCUCAAGGGUCAAAGGAGUCCGGAAAGCCAAAGUUCCGGAAAGGCCGCGAGUGCUACGGUUGCGGAAGCACCGACCACAUCCUCAAGGAUUGCCCCAAGGGAGGGGGAUCGGGGUCCAACCGCGGGGCCGCCUCAUGGCGGGAGACGGAGUAG